CGACAUCCUGCCGGAGGCUACUUUUCGCCAGUCCCCUCUGCAACUGGUCUGUCGGUUAUACCAAAUGACGCCUAUGGACGGUGUCGUCUGGACGGUAUGUCUGUUGUGCGCUUUCGGCCGUCCGUGCUAGCAGAUCGAUGCUCCAAGAGGAGCGUAGACUGGGCCGAGCUAGUCAAAGCCUUAACAACGCGACCUAGCCAGAAGAGAGCGAGAGAGAUGGAUCCAAGACGUGUGAUGACGCAAGCCUAG